UCUGUCUCUCACUGACCUCUAUUCAAAAUCCAAAAAAUUCAUAUCUCUGGAUCAGCUUCUCUUCCAUUUUCGCGUUUCUUUGAUGGAGCUGCCGAGGCGCCAAGAUCAGAGCCAAUCGGAGAGGAAGGGGCAGAAGCGGAAACUGGAAGAGGAAAUCGGAGAGGAGCGAGAGAUCACGGUGCAGCAGUCCGGCGACGCCAGAAAAGCCAUACUGCUUCAGGUCGCCGAGCAGGUUCAAGUUCUUGACUCUUCUUUUUCCUGGAGAGAAGCUGAUCGAAACGCUUCCAAGCGCGCCACUCACGUCCUCGCCGAGCUCGCCAAGAACGAGGACGUAGUGAACGUCAUCGUUGAAGGCGGUGCGGUUCCGGCUUUGGUGAAACAUCUGCAAGCGCCGCCGUGCAGCGAGGUCGACCGGAGCUCUUCGAAGCACUGCGAACACGAGGUUGAGAAGGGCAGUGCCUUUGCACUAGGCCUUCUUGCCGUUAAGCCCGAGCAUCAACAACUCAUUGUUGACAAUGGUGCAUUGUCUCAUCUAGUAGAUUUGUUGAAGAGGCACAAGGAUAGUCAUGUAACUCGACCUUUGUAUAGCGUCAUUCGUAGAGCUGCUGAUGCCAUCACCAAUCUCGCUCAUGAAAACAGCAGCAUUAAAACCCGUGUCAGGAUAGAAGGUGGAAUUCCACCUCUAGUUGAGUUGCUUGAAUUUGCCGAUACAAAGGUGCAAAGAGCAGCUGCUGGAGCGUUACGAACCCUCGCAUUUAAAAAUGAUGAGAAUAAGAAUCAGGUAAUGGACCUUCCUUGUGAAAUUAUAUAUUUUCUAAAAUUUGGUAUAUUUAUUAUCAGAGAUGGAUUGAAAUUAAACAUAUCACGUAAAUUUAUGACUUUGCAGAUUGUUGAAUGCAAUGCUCUUCCUACCCUCAUUUUAAUGCUUCGAUCUGAAGAUGCUGCUAUACAUUACGAAGCGGUUGGUGUAAUUGGAAAUCUAGUUCACUCUUCUCCAAACAUAAAGAAAGAGGUUCUUCUUGCGGGAGCUUUACAACCUGUUAUUGGAUUGCUUAGUUCCUGCUGCUUUGAGAGCCAAAGAGAGGCAGCUUUGCUACUUGGACAAUUUGCUGCAACUGAUUCAGAUUGCAAGGUUCACAUUGUACAGAGGGGUGCUGUCCGACCUUUGAUUGAGAUGCUUCAAUCCCCAGAUGUACAACUCAGGGAGAUGUCAGCUUUUGCUUUGGGGAGGUUGGCACAGGACUCACACAACCAAGCUGGUAUUGCUCAUAAUGGUGGUUUAUUGCCAUUGUUGAAACUUUUGGAUUCAAAAAAUGGGUCUCUGCAACACAAUGCUGCAUUUACCCUUUAUGGCCUUGCAGAUAAUGAGGAUAAUGUGUCCGAUUUUAUUAGGGUUGGUGGUGUUCAGAAGUUGCAGGAUGGAGAAUUUAUUUUCCAAGCUACAAAGGAUUGUGUGACCAAAACAUUGAAAAGAUUAGAGGAGAAGAUUCAUGCACGAGUUUUGUCGCAUUUGUUAUACUUGAUGCGUGUAGCAGAGAGAAAUGUCCAAAGACGUGUUGCUUUGGCUUUUGCUCAUCUUUGCUCCCCAGAGGAUCUCAGAACCAUUUUCAUCGAUAACAAUGGUUUGGAAUUGCUUCUUGGGCUUCUUGGUUCUAGUAGCCCCAAACAGCAGCUUGAUGGUGCUAUGGCUCUGUACAAGUUGGCCAACAAAGCCAUGACUCUUUCUCCUGUGGAUGCAGCUCCUCCAUCUCCAACACCACAGGUUUAUCUAGGGGAGCAGUAUGUAAACAACCCUACGCUGUCCGAUGUUACGUUUUUAGUUGAAGGUAGACGGUUCUAUGCUCACAGAAUUUGCCUGCUUGCUUCUUCAGAUGCUUUUCGUGCAAUGUUUGAUGGUGGUUACCGGGAGAAGGAUGCAAGGGACAUUGAAAUACCAAAUAUUAGAUGGGAGGUUUUUGAGUUGAUGAUGAGAUUUAUAUACACCGGAUCAGUAGACAUUACUUUGGAUAUUGCUCAAGAUCUCCUCAGAGCUGCAGAUCAGUAUCUUUUGGAGGGACUCAAGCGGCUUUGUGAGUAUUCAAUAGCACAGGACAUAUCUUUGGAGAAUGUUUCAAACAUGUAUGAACUUUCAGAAGCCUUCCAUGCAAUGUCAUUACGGCAAACAUGUAUUUUGUUUAUCUUGGAGCAGUUCGAAAAAUUGAGUGCUAGACCAGGGCACUGUGAACUGAUCAAGAAUAUAUUGGAUGAGAUCAGAUCUUACUUUACUAAAGCACUCACUAAGCCUAACCCACAUAACUUGCGGCUGUAGAUUGCUGUCUUUUAUUCUUCAGCUCUAACACCCAAGUACGAUGUACAGAAACCCGUAAUAGAUGUUCUUGUUGUUGAGCCGGUGGAAGUUUCGACUUUCUUUUCUUUUUACAUUUAAAUUUCAAAAAGAGGUGUCUAAUUCUUUGACUGUAGUUUGUCUUAUAAUCCAUUCUGAUUCCCGAGUCUUGUUGGUUGUAAACACAAUGUUUCAUGUCUAAUACAAUUCCGACAUUGCUUGGAAUAUGAUCUUCCCGAACA